UUUGAUGGUACAAUUUGGCAUAGUUUUGUCUGAAACUACUCAGCAGUAUCGGUGGGUGAUAGAUGACAAAUACACAAGCUUAUGUAUCACAGCUUGUAGUGCCAUGCAAGUCAUGUUUUAGCAGACAAUAUGGAAAGUAGCACAUUAACUCUAAUACUAUACUUUAAAUGUACUAUAAUCUUACUUGAAAAUGUGUAGCAUUCACACAUACCUCAGUUAAUAUUUCUAAAGUAUGUAAUACAUGCAUAAUGCGAGUUGUAUGUUGGGUUCAUAAAGUAUAAUGGGAAAAAAAACAGUAUAGAACAGUUUGAAUGUCCAAGUGUCCUUGAGCAAGACACUGAACCACCAGUUGCUCCCCAGGCGUUUCACAGCAGCCCACUGCUCCUAAAAAUGCAGAGCAUGGGUCAAAUGCAGAGUAUUUCAUGUAUGUGGGUUAGGGUGUAAUAAAGUUCAGUGAUGAAGGAAUAAUUUUUGUUGCUUUAACAUUUACUCUCUCUCUCUCUCUCUUUGUCUUUGCGACCAACUUGUUGGGCCACCUUAUCAGGCCAAGCCUAAUAAAAUAAAGACGUGUAUCAAUAUUUUUUCAGGCCAGCACAAUCUGACUAAUAACAUACUGAGCAACACCCUCUGUUAUCUUCCCUCUUUCAUGGCAAACAAUACCAAAUCAUAUCUGUGUCGGAUUGAAUAAUUUUUCCAUAAAACACUAUCAAUUGGAAAUGAUUGUGAUGCAAAAACAAUGUAAGAAAAUAAGUAAACACUGUCAACCUUUUGAAAAGGCUUUUUUUUUUGUGGAGAAUCGUAGAAAAACGUGGCGGAGAAAAGGCGUUGUGUCGCUUUAAGAAUGGAGCGGAUGGAACUCAUGGUGCCUCUCGCCCAUUGGCUGGCCUCUACCGCGUCACCUGACUAAUCAGCUUCGUCGGUGUCACCGGGUGGCAUUACGUCGGGAGGCGUGUGUGACAUUUGCUGCAAGAAGCUAGUUUGUGAGCAGCUAGCCGGAUAAAGAUGAAGAACUAGGGAAGUAAAUAGAACAUAUUUGGCCUUGUAACGACUGAGCUGACGUUUGGGUGACAGUUUGUUGUCUUAUCCACAUGACAGAAUACAGUUUAUAUCAAAUGUAGCGCAGGGUUAAAUGUGGCUAAAAAACGUUCAGCAGCAGUUAGUUAGUAGGCUAACCCUUUCUCUUAACUUAUACUUUAACUGUUGAGUUGAGGUGGUAUGCUGGGUUUGUGCCUGAGAUGUUGACAACGGAUAACUAGCCUAGUUAACGUCUUUUGAUUUUGUUAUUACCGUAUGGGUGGACGUUAGCACGUAACCCGACUUGACUCACUGCAGGUUGCACACAAGGUUAACAUUAGCUUUAGCCAGCUAGCUCCUCACUCCCUUCUUGCUGCAGUUUUCUCACUUUCUUAUGCUGACAUGUCAGGACAGGUGUGCUGAACGUAGGCCAGGUGUGCUGUGGGAUAGAUAGGGCGUUCCACGUAUUAACAGUGCUCACGGAAGAGUAAUAAGUCCCAACAGUCCACUUCAGCGAUUUGUGUUCCUGUAGUCGAGCCAGAGGUGGGACCAUGCUGCUCUCCUUGGUUGUGCACACAUACUCUCUGCGGUACUGGUUUCCAGCCACGAUUAUGCUGGGAUCAGCCCCAGCUUAUUUGCUAUCAUGGGGUGCCUGGCGCUUACUUUCUACUGUUUUACCAGCGAGAAUGUAUCACAAGUUAGACGAUCGGUUGUACUGCAUGUACCAGAGUAUGGUCCUGUUCUUCUUUGAAAACUACACCGGAGUAGAGAUUAUUAUAUAUGGAGAUAUACCAAAGAACAAAGAGAAUGUGAUCUACCUGUCCAAUCAUCAAUGUACAGCUGACUGGAUCAUUGCUGACAUGCUCGCCAUCAGGCAGAGUGCUCUCGGCCAUGUCCGAUACGUCCUUAAAGAUGGACUCAAGUGGCUUCCGCUGUACGGAUGGUAUUUCUCUCAGCAUGGAGGAGCCUAUGUGAAACGAAGUGCAAAGUUCAGUGAAAUAGCGAUGAAGAAGAAGCUCUUCACACAGACUCAAGAUGGAGUCCCAAUGUACCUUGUCAUCUUCCCGGAAGGAACUCGGUAUAAUCCCGAGCUCAAGAAUGUUAUUGCUGACAGUCAGGCCUUUGCUACAAAAGAAGGACUGGCUGUCCUGAAGCACACUCUGACACCCAGAAUGAAGGCCUCUCACAUAGCCCUCGAGGCCAUGGAGGGCCACCUGGACGCUGUGUAUGACAUCACGGUGGCCUACGAGGGAACGCAGGAAGGUUUCAGGCAAAGAAAGCCUGCACCAUCAAUGCCCGAAUUCCUGUGCAAAGAAUGUCCCCGAGUCCACAUACACUUUGACCGCGUGGACAUAAAAGAAAUUCCUCCAGAGCCACUGUUUUUCCGCAGGUGGCUGCACGAGCGGUUUGAAAUCAAGGACCGGCUGCUGACGGAUUUCUACGAGUCGGAGGAUGAAGACAAGCUAUGCAGGUUUCCAGGGGAAGGCAAACAUUCCCCUCUGAACCUUUCUAAAACCCUUCCAUCAGUGAUGAUCUUGGGGGGACUGACACUGCCAUUACUGCUGACGGAGAACGGCAGGAAACUGUACGUGAGGACCUGGGUGUACGGGACUCUGCUGGGCUGGCUGUGGGUGAAUGCGUUUCCUUAACGAACAGUGCAGCGGCUGCCACGAUGAGAUGCACAAAAGACAUGGAGAGAUGUUGCCAUUUUCCUGUAUCGCAACAACACAAGGUGUGUUCCACAUGCAGGGCAGUUUCUGAUGAGAGGCUCAGAUUUACUCCAUGUCUGGCUCACUGUUGAGCUGAAAGCUGAACGGAGAUACGGAGAAAUGUUAAGCUUUUGUGUGCUACUUGUUCCCUCGCGCUAUUUGGAUUUGCAGCCUGAAAUGUUGAGAAAACAUGAGUGGCAUUGUCGAAGGGUAUUCUCAAAAAUGCCCCUAGUUAUCUACUAUGAAAUAAAAAUAGCUAUAUACUUAUCUUAACUUAAUUCCCCCUUUUAUCAGAUAUAGCCAAAUUAGUAUUCAUGCAUGCCCACUCUUCCAUCAAACAUUGGCCAGUUUUAAAGCUCUUAUAUGACAUAUGUUUGAGAGCAAAAUGUGCCAAGUGCUCGGAAAACCAGUUAAUUGAUUAUGUUCAGCUACUCUAUGUCGCUGACACAGUACACCAGCCGACUGAUAGAGCAUCAAUUAUGUAAGUGCGCUGACUCAUUGACAUUGGUUGUAAUGUCAUUUAUGCCAAGUCUCAUGUCAGGAGGUUUAUGCAAUUUGCUCAUUUAAAGUGAUGUUUUACAUUGACGGAACAAAAUAAGUAGCAUGCAGUCCUCUAUAGGGGCUCAUAAACAUGACACCAGCUGCAUUGUUUACCAUACUCAUAUUCAUAUGACACUGAGUUUUAUAUAAACAUUAUGAAUGUAGCCGAAAACUCUUAUGCAUAUAUGAAAGCUUUUUUCUUUUUUUUAAAUUCCCAACAGCCAAGAUUUUGUUUUUACUAAUAUUGAUAUCCUAAAAAAAAAAAUUAUAUAUAUAUAUAUAUAUAUA